CCUGGGGAUGACAUGCUACAUCAACUCCAUCCUCCAAAGCGUCCUUACUGACCCUGAGCUGCUCUCACCCAAGAUCCCAGCUAUUCAGAUGGUUUCUAGAUAUUGACGUCAGUCGCUACUCCAACAUCAGAGAGGAGAAUAAGUCGCUUCCAUCCUCUUUUUAAAUGGACCGUAGCUGAAUAUAAUUCAGAUUUUGACGAUGACGAGCAGAAGGAUGCCCAUGAGUUCCUCAUCUGUGUUCUGGACAAAAUGAGGUCUGUGUCAUCAGAAGUUGAGCUGACAGCUGUAAACUCUGGCCUGACCUACACGUGCCCAGUCCAUGAACACAUUUCAGUUCAGAUGCUGAACAUCAGGACCUGCAGGGGAUGUGGUGAGCAGUCCUAUAGAGUGGAGGACUUUGUUAACCUCACUCUGGAGCUGGUACCAGGGGGAACGGUGAGCCAGUGUCUGCAGGAGUAUUUCAAGGGGGACCAGAUAGAUUACACGUGCCACUGUGGAGCGCAGCAGUCAUCCCUGCAGAGCUCUUUUCUCCACCCUGCCAAAAAUGUCAUCACAUCUGUGAGAGUAUCCAAAGAGGGCUGGAUAUGGGGGAUUCAGCAAACUCUUGGCCAACGGAUGAUGAUGAACAUGUCAGCCAAACAACAGGAGAAGAGUUGUCUGCUGCCGUAG